AUGGAUAACAUCAGGGCGGAGAUCAGGGAACUGUCGACGGCGGAUGUAGUAGCUCGUAGUUUCGAGCUGCAGGAGAAGGUGAAGUACAUCGCGGACCAUAGUUCUAAUCUUAAAGGUACUUUUAAGAGGGACUUAAGACUAUGUGCUAGGGCUACUCAAUUGUGUGGAGAGGAGUUACACGCUCGGGCGCAUUUACCGACCGACGCGCUAAAACUGAGGGCGGAUUACUCCUGUCAGUUACUCAAGAUUUCGGAUCAAGAAGCAACGAUUAUGGCCUUGAAGCAAACGGUGGAAAAAUUAACUGCUGAAUUGAAUCAGUUAAGGGAGCGUCCUCGAAAUGCCCCGGUGGGGACUGGAAGCAUUAAAGUAGGAGAGGACCACCAGAGAGAAGAGCUUGACCUCCGGCGUGAGUUUCGGGCAAUGGAGGAACGGAUCAUGCGCCGAUUGACGGGCACGAUCGAGCAUCUGCUGGGUAAAUCGAGAGUGGAGGACCGCACAGCAGCGACGAGUGCUCGGAGCCCUUCGCGGGGGCCCAGCACUCGGACGCUCAGGAGUAGGCCUACGACAGGCGUGAAAGCACCCUCGGCAAAGUCGCUCACUUUUUCCGAGUGUGUUAGAAGGGGACUCGACAAAGGUAGAAGCAUGGUGACAUCGACCCCAUGUGGUACGGAUACCGAGGAUGAUGGGGAGUGGAUUAGGGUGAAAAGACGGCCCCGCCCGUCCAAGAGCGCCCUCCAAUCAACGGACGCGGAUGGAACGAUCUCUGGAGCGGAGAGCUCCAGGAAUAAAAGUAACAAGAAGGCCCCUAAGAAAGGGAAACCUAAAGUAGGAAGGGUUCCUAAAACCGCCGCAGUGGCUGUUACUCUGACUCCAGGGUCAGGUGUGACAAUGGCUGACACCAUUAAGGAGGCCAGAGAAAAGAUCGAGCUGGCCGGAUUAGGGAUUGGUCCUGGCCAAUUGAGGCCCAAGAGGGCCAUUACAGGAGGGAUGUUAUUAGAGGUGAUUGGGGAGGAAAAUGCCAAGAAGGCGACGGAAUUGGCAGCCUCGAUGAGGCAAGUGUUCCAAGACCGGGAGGCCAUAAAAAUAACAGUGCCCCAGAAAAUGGCGGAGGUGCGAAUAACGCGAAUCGAUGAAUCGGUUACGGCCCAAGAGAUCGCCGCGGCCAUCGCUGCCAGCGGUGGGUGCGAAGUGGCUGAUGUAAGGGUGGGCGAAAUAAAAUUUGCCCCUUACGGAAUGGGGGCGGUGUGGGCGAAAUGUCCCAUCGCCUCCGCCAAGAAGAUUGUAGCACUGGACCGGCUCAUGGUCGGGUGGUCCGCCACUGUGGUGACGCCACUGCAGGCCAGGCCGCUCCAGUGCUACAAAUGCCUGGAGUUCGGGCAUGUGCAGGUGAGAUGUCCCCAAAAAGAGGAAAAGCCACCUAAAUGCUUUAGGUGCGGCAGGGAGGGGCAUAUAAUUUCCAACUGCACGGAAGAAGAAUAUAAUUGCUUCCUAUGUAAAGGGAAGCAAUACGAAUCCAACCACAGGAUGGGCGGCCCUUAUUGCCGCACGCUGCAGGAGAGCAAACGGCGCAAUAUUCAACCUGCGCCCGAGGUCAAGGACACGGCUGAACCCGUGUUCAAGAAGCCGCAGGGACCGGCCUUGAAGGCCAAAAAGAAGAAGGCACCUUUGGAAGUAGUGUUUGAUGUAUCAUCCAUCGAAAGGGGUGACUUUUCGAUGGAUGUGGACGCGUAG